AUGGCUUCCCCUAGCGUUCUCACCUUUGACGCUGAGGGUCAGGCUGUGGACUUUGAGGUCUGGGUAGAUGAUCUGCAGCAUUUUCUGCAGUGCGAUAGGGCAGACGGCCUCUCCCUGUUUGACCUCAAUUCAGGUGCCUCCCCUGCCCCUGCUGCUGAUGCUGACGCCACUGUUUGCUCACAGUGGGCCACACGUGAUGCUGCUGCUCGCCUUGCUGUUCGCCGCCACUUACCGACCACUAAGCAUGCACACUUUAGCCAGUACAAGAAUGCUCAGACCUUGUACGACGUUGUAGUUGCACGCUACUCUUCCCCUGCCACAGCUGCACUGAGCCGCCUCAUGCUACCGUUCCUCUUCCCUGACCUUGCUGCCUUUCCCACAGUCGCUGACCUCAUUACGCACCUCCGCACUCUUGACACUCGCUACCGCGCUGCGCUUCGUGAUGAGGACCACUUCCUCUCAGUUUGCCCCACCACUCUCACCGUUGACCUCCUCGAGAAGGCCCUCCUAGCGAUAGAGAAGAGCAUAGUCGCUGUAGGAGCCUCUCGUGGUGACCCUCGCACCCCCGUCUUUGAGGGGUGUUCUCCCUCCCCCCUCUUGCCCUCUGUUGCCUCUACUGCUGCGGCCGACCUCGUUGGUUUCGAGUCGGUCGGCGCUGCGUCUGCCCCGAUUGGGAGACGCUGCACCGGCAAGGGCAAGGGGGGCAAGGGCUCUAGAGGGGGUGGAGGGGGCGGUGGAGGUGGUGGUGGAGGCGUUGGAGGGAGUGGGGGUGGUGGUGGGAGUGGUGCCGGGGGUGGUGGCGGCGGCGGCGGCAGUGGAGGUGGCGGAGGCGGUGGAGGUGGCGGAGAGAGCGGAGGCGGCGGAGGUAGUGGAGGAGGCGGAGGUGGAGGAGGCGGCGGAGGUGGCGGUGGCACGGCGUCUGCUUACCGCACCACUCUUACGCCGCUUAGUCGGCCGGUUGAGGUCUCCCUGGCGGACCCCUCUGGGGGUCCUGUCCUUGCUAGCUUCUCCACUGUCCUUCCGUGCCUUGCAGCCCCCUCUGGCACCCUGUCUGGUCUGUACCUCCCCUCGUUCUCUACGAACUUGGACGACACUUGGCCACGUUCAAUCGUCUGCUAG